AUGCCAGGAGUCCAUAGGGAAGUGAUUGAGCACUCUUUGAAUGUAAAGGACGACGCCAGGCCGGUCAAGCAGCGCCUUCGCCGCUUCGCGCUGGAGAGGAAAGAUGCGAUUAAGAAGGAGUUGACCAAACUGCUCGCGGCCAGCUUCAUUAAAGAAGUCAAGUACCCCGACUGGUUGGCCAACCCCGUCUUGGUAAAAAAGAAAAAUAACAAAUGGCGGAUAUGUGUCGAUUACACGGACCUCAACAAGGCAUGCCCUAAGGAUCCGUUUGGUCUGCCGCGCAUCGACCAAGUCGUAGACUCGACGGCUGGCUGCGCACUGCUCAGCUUCCUUGACUGCUACUCAGGCUAUCACCAGAUCAGCCUAAAGCAGAAGCUCGCCCAUUACUUCCAAGCCCACCAGGUUUUAGUCAUCACGUCUUCUCCACUCGGCGACAUCAUACACAACAAGGAGGCGCAAGGCCGCACCGCAAAGUGGGCACUGGAAAUGAUGCCAUACGACAUCACCUUUAAACCUCGCACCGUGAUCAAGUCACAGGCCCUCGCCGACUUUGUAGCCGAGUGGACAGACGCACAGCUAGAAACCACGCUAGAAGAACUGCCUCACUGGACAAUGUACUUCAACGGCUCAUUGCGCAUGUCGGGUGCUGGAGCCGGGGUCGUGCUUAUAUCGCCUAAUGGCGAGAAAUUCAAGUACGUGCACCAAAUCCACUUUCCGGCCUCGCAUAACGUUGCCGAGUACGAAGCACUCCUACACGGGCUUCGGUUGGCUAUAUCCCUUGGGAUUAGGCGGCUGCUCGAAGUACGGAAGCUUGAAGACAAGUUUGACGGGCUUGAGUUGGUUCACGUCCUGCGACACAAGAACGAAGCAGCCGACGAAUUAGCGAACCUUGGAUUGAAACGGCUACAGAUGCCAACCGAUAUAUUCGUUGAGCACCUCACUCAGCCAACGGUCAAGAAGAAGGCCGAGCCCAAGUCGACCCCGAGUGAUGGGGCAGAUGAAGAAAACAAUGCCGAAUCGCCAAACCCUGGCAACCGCACCGUCGCAGUCAUCAGCGACGACUGGAGAACUCUGUUCAUCAAGUUCCUCAUAGAGGAAGUACUCCCGGCCGAUAAGGCAGAAGCUGAGCGCGUCAGCCGAUUAAGCUACUGCUACAUCGUGUCGGAUGGGGAACUCCAUCAAAGCGCGUCAGGCAUCUUUAUGCGCUGCGUGCUUCCCGACAAAGGGGGAUUCACCCACUUGUUCGUCGCUAUCGACAAGUUCACCAAGUGGAUAGAAGCUAAGCCAGUCGCCACGAUCGACUCGGCGCAUGUGAAAGACUUCAUACAGAACAUCAUCUACCGCUUCGGCAUCUCGAACCGUAUCAUGACAGAUAACGGUAGACAGUUCAUCUUUGGAGUUUUUCAGAAUUUUUGCAAAGAACGUGGGAUCAAGAUAUGCUACGCAUCCGUGGCACACCCGAAGAGCAAGGGGCAAGUCGAGAGGGCCAACGGUAUGGUCCUCGAAGGGAUCAAGGCUAGGGUUUUCGACCGACUACACCCCUACGUCGAACGAUGGGUGCAAGAGCUGCCUCCAGUACUUUGGGCACUCCGCACAUCUGUCAGUCGGGCAACAGGACAAUCGCCCUUCUUCCUAGUCUACGGGACUGAAGCAGUCUUACCCAUGGAAAUCGACCGCGAAUCCUUUCGCAUACGCAACUACAACGAGUCAACGGGAGACCAGGCAAGAGAAGACGACCUCAACCGACUGGAAGAGGCUCGCGACAUCGCAACUAUCCAGUCGGCACGAUACCUACAGGGGCUACGUCGGUACCACAAUAGAAACGUCCGUGGCCGAGCGUUCCUGGUCGGAGAUCUAGUCCUACGAAAAGUACAGACUACCAAAGACCGACACAAGCUCUCUCCACUCUGGGAAGGGCCAUACACCAUAGCCGAAGUCACUCGACCUAGUUCAUACCGACUAAAAAUGGAGGAUGGAAGACUGCUAGAGAAUUCAUGGAACAUCGAACAGCUACGUCCCUUCUACACAUAG